AUGGAUGGUCGAAAUUAUGAUGCGUAUGAACAUCGUGACAAUGGAAUUGACAAAUUAAGCUAUGUUACCGCAUUAAUGCAUUUAAUGAAAUUUAUAUGGAGCACCGGUAUGCUAAUAGUUCCGUAUGCUUUUCAAAACAUUGGCUGGUUAAUGGCUUUAGGCAUCUUAAUCGUUAUUAUUGCAUUGACAACAAUUGGUCUUCACGUAAUGUUUUUAAAUGUCGAAGAAGAUAUGAAAGAACCGCUAGAUUUUGUGAAAACCUUUGGUGUCUUAAAUGCAUUCAUGUUAGCAACGUUCCUAUUAGCUGCAAUAUUGGGUUUAACGGGCUACUGGUUUUAUGGCGAAGAAACAGCAGCCAAUUUCAUUCUAAAUAUUCCCAUUUCGCAAAGCUACGGCCAGUUUGCUAAAAUUAUAUGCAUGUCAGCAUUCUAUUUCUCUUAUCCCAUGCAUUGCUAUGUGCUCGUCGAUAUUGUUUGGAAUACAUAUUGUAUGCACAAAUGCCAAUCAAUUCAUCGGCCCUUAUUUGAUAUAUUAGCUCGUGUAGCUGUCACAUUUCUUAGCGCUAAUGUUGCAGCUCUUUUGCGCUACUUAGAUAUAAUAGCAGCGUUGACGGGUUGUUUGCCACUGAAUUUUUUAGUGUUAAUCUUACCGGCAGUUAUGGAUUUAUGCGUUUUGUAUGAAAGCGGUUACGGCCGCUAUAAACUCUCUCUGAUACGUGAUAUUUGUCUUAUAAGUUUUGGCAUUUUAUUGUCUUUAGUAGGCGUAAGCACAAUUUCGUAUGAAAUCGUUAAAAUUCCACAUUUUGUUACAUAA